UUUAUGUUUGUUUGACGUUUAUGUUAUUCUUUAGAGUAGAACCUUUCAUUUACUGGGAAUGAAAAGACAAGAUAAGCUACUUAAUGUUUAAUAACGCAAGUUCGACAGCGCCAAGACAUGGACAAGAAAAUACACAACUAAAUGAGGCUUUUACAUGGUUGUGAGAAGAGAAAAGUUGGGGCUGAUCCACGUGGGAAAUCCACUCCUCUUUUUUUAGACUUAUUUUGCCGCAGUCUUAUUAUCCUGUGUACAUUUCUGUCUGUCAUCCUCUCAUCUAUUGCGGUGUGUGAUGGUCACUGGCUGCUUGCCGACCGCCGUAUGUUCGGCCUCUGGUAUUUCUGCUCACUGGAGGAGCAGCAGGGCUCUGUGUUGGGGUCCCAGAGUUUUAAAGCAUCCUCUAACUGCACUAGACACCUGGAGGAGGCAGGGGUGGAUGGUCUGGGUGUAGGCUUGGCGUCCUGUCGUUUCGUGAUUACUCUGGCUGUGGUCAGUGCCAUAUUUGGACUGGAGUUGCUUGUGAUGUCACAGGCCAGUGAAGGGAGGGACUCCAGUCGACGCUGGACCCUUGGGGCACGGCUGGUGCUGCUGGCAGGGGUAAUGGCUGCCGCAGGAAUUGCAUCUUUUGUACUCCUGUUAGGGGCAUUUGCAACGCUCCUUGGGUUUACUCUCACCUUCUGGUGUCAGUUCACUGCCACCUUCCUGUUCUUCCUCAAUGGAAUGGCAGCGCGGCACAUCCAGCAUAUUGAACCGCUGCUGCCCUUUAGUGGACAUCCUGACAAACUGUAGAAAGAAGGCCGGCACCAACAAUAAACUCUCUAAAACUAAAAUGGAUUUUGAAGAAAUAAAUAAUGAUUUAUAAAUAGUGAACUUUCUUAAAAGGUCUCAAAAAGGCCAAUUGUAUCAAUGUUAAUAUUUGAAAUUGCACUUUGCAUUGUGUUGUGUUUUAGGGUUGAAGGAAAUGUCUGUAAACUUAAUAGAAAAUAUCCUUUAAGAAAAUUACUGCAGGCAUGGUGUGCAAAUAAAUGAUUUUUUUUUUUUUUUUUUUUUUUUUACAGCAGAUUGUUGCAUUCUAUAAUUUUUAUUUGUGUUAUUAAUUUUUAAUUGUUUUUAAUGUAAUUAAUAUUAUUGAUGACCAGCAGCUGACAACUGACUCAAGUUUCAUCUGUGAACAGUGCAUCUUUAUGGUUCAUUUAAUAAAGAAUAACAGGUUAUUUAAUAAA